GGAACCAACAUGGAGCCCUCCACAAUCUACAUGCCCGUUCUCUCUCCACCGACUCCUGCAGCUUCACCGGGCCCUGAAACCGACAUAUUUCCUCUUCCUGUUACCCUCCCACACAAUCCUAAUCUCCGACAGAAAUACCUUGCAUCGUUGCUCCAUUCCCUCACGCCUUCCGAGCUACUUUUCGUCUCAACAACGAUAGCGCCGCUUCUAAAGCGGGAUUUCGUCGCAGAUCUCCCAAUAGAAUUGGCAUUAAUGGUGCUCGGCUUUGUCGAUGAACCAAAAACUCUUGCCCGAGCCAGCAGAGUCAGCCGUCGCUGGCGUGAUAUGGUCGCUGACGAAUCUAUAUGGCGUGGCAUGUGUCUUCGGAUGGAGUUCAGCUGUCGCGAACCUCGUGCGAUAGCAGUCAUGUCUGACGAAGAAGAGCCUCUGGUCGAAAUGGAAGAAUUUGCUCAGUUUGUCAUGGACCCACCCCAACAAUGGCUCGCCUCCAAAAAGCGCAAGGCGAAGCGCAAGGCCCUGCCACCGCUACCACCUCCACACUCAUCAUAUUACCUUCACUUUAAACAAUCCUACUCGACUAUGAUGAACUGGCGACACGGUGGCACUGUUCUUCGAGCUCAUCGGAUGGUCCCUACUCCAGCUCCGCCUAGCGGCGCGCUCAACUCGAUUGACGUUAUCACGUCUGUUGCGCUGAAUCAAGAUUGGGUCGUUGUCGGGCUUGCUAACAGCAAGAUUCAUGUGUUCAGUAGCCGGACUGGUGUCCUUGCUAGAACUCUGGUUGGUCACGAUGCUGGAGUCUGGGGGGUUUGCCUAGUGGCUCGUGGCGGGUCUUGGAUUGGUCCUCGAAUAUCGACAAACGAGCCAGACACAGUCCCAAAUAUGUGGCGAACUCCACUCGGCUUAGAUCUCCCUGCUACCGGGACUACUCCUAUACCCUUUCCCGGCAAACGAAGUUCUGUCUGCUCAGCAUCAGAUGGCUGGGGCCAACCUAAUGCCCUUGUUGUCAGUGGUGGCUGCGACAAGGUUCUCAGAGUAUGGGAUGUUCGCUCAGGCUAUCCAAUUCAUGUUCUCUCCGGGCACACGUCAACGAUUAGGUGUCUUCGAAUGCUGCAUAAUAGGCCAAUCGCUGUCACAGGCUCGCGUGAUUCUACGCUGAGAGUCUGGGACGUUCAGCGUGGCCGUUUAAUCCGCACCAUGGGUGGUCAUACGGGAAGCGUGCGUUGCCUUGAUGUCUGCGGAAACAAGGCAGUUAGCGGAAGUUAUGACGCUACUUGCCGCGUCUGGAACUUGGAUACUGGCGAGUGUUUGCAUGUUCUCACUGGGCAUUUCCAUCAGAUUUAUUCGGUCGCUUUCGAUGGUGUACGAAUUGCAUCAGGCGGUUUGGACACAACCGUCCGAGUUUGGGAUGCAUUAACAGGGAAUUGUGUCGCACUCCUACAAGGGCACACUGCAUUAGUCUGUCAACUUCAACUAUCUCCGUCUCUUCCAUCUGUCCCACAUCCGGAUCCUAUACUCGUCACUGGUGGCUCCGACGGCCGAGUUAUCACCUUCUCCCUGCAGACUUACACCUCAAUCCACCGCAUCGCUGCCCACGAUUCCAGUGUGACCUCGCUUCAGUUUGACGGUCGAUGGCUUGUCACGGCUGGAAACGACGGACGUGUACGACUUUGGGAAGUUCGGACAGGGGCUUAUGUCCGAGAACUGACCAAUGUCAGUGAAAGUGUCUGGAAGGUGUGUUUUGGUGGUGGACGUGAAGAGACGGAGGAAGAGCUCUUGCGUGACAUGAAUGUCCAGCAGGCUUUCGAUGCUCACGAUGGUGGCGGGGAUGUCAUUGCUAUCAUGUGCAAACGUGCUGGCAAAAGUGUGAUGGAGAUUUGGAGUUUCCGGCCGACUGACAUCUCCCAGUCUCCUUAA